CGCCGCGCUACGCUACAUUCCCCCUCCCCAGCGCCGGGCGGCACUUGGCCUCGCCGGCUUGCCGUAGCGGGGCCGCCGGCGCGCUGCUCCCACCCGCUCUUCCGUGACUUCCGUGCGGACGGCGCGGCGAUGGCGCAGCACGGCCCGAGCGUCACGCUGUCCCUCACGCUGCCCAUCACCUGCCACAUCUGCCUGGGGAAGGUCCGUCACCCAGUAAUCUGUGUCAACAACCAUGUCUUCUGUUCCAUUUGUAUUGAAGUCUGGUUGAAGAAUAAUAAUCAGUGUCCAGCUUGCAGGAUUCCCAUCACACCUGAAAAUCCUUGCAAGGAAAUUAUAGGAGGAACGAGUGAAAGUGAUCCUAUAUUUAGUCCAACAGUUAGAAAGCACCUACGUAAAACAAGGCUUGAAUUGCUCCACAAAGAAUAUGAGGAUGAAAUAGAAUCCCUGCAAAAAGAAGUGGAAGAACUGAGAGACAGAAAUCUCAAUUUACAGACGCAACUGAAAUCUCUUCUGGAUCCUACAGUACCAGCUUUGCGUUGCCAAAAUGAAGAAACCAGCCAAUCAGCAGAUGAAGCAAGUACUAGUGGCCCAGAAACCCCAGAAGAAUGGAGCAAAAAGCUGAAAGCUGCCAAUGAUAUAUGUGAAAAAGUGAUAGAUAAUGUAGAAAAGUUAAAAGAGGCAAAUAAGAAACUGAGCAUGGAGAACAAUAGCCUUUUAAGAGAGAAUUUGCGACUAAAAGCUGAAGUUGAUAGUAGAUCACCCCAAAAAUUUGGUAGGUUUACCAUAGCUGCGCUUCAGUCCAAAGUGGAACAAAGCGAACGUGAAAUGAACCGUCUAAAAAAGGCACUGGAAAGAAGUGAUAAGUAUAUAGAGGAAAUGGAGUGUCAGCUUUUACAGCUGAAAAGUGCAGGUGAAGGAACUCAGACCAUAAGUGCUGGUAGUGAGCAAGCACUUUCUGCAGAUGCUAAAGGAACUGAGAGCAGUGAAGAUACUACAUGUUUGAAAACCCAGGUUGAGGAGAAGAAAGCUGUGACCACCAUUCAAAGUCCUGACAGUCUUGAACAGCUGGCAGAUAGUGGAACAUGCUCAAGCUCUUUGAGUCAGGAUGGUUCAAAUGGUUCGAACACCCAGUGUGUCCCAAAGAAAGAAUUAUUUCCAGGAUGUCAGGGAGUCCAUCUGGAUGAAAAUACUACAAGUAUGGAUACUUGCUUAGAACAGCAGUGGAAUAAAAUUGAGGAAUGUACCCCAUAUAAGGAUGAAGAACUUUAUGAUCUUCCAGCACCAUGCACUCCUUUUCUGUCUCUUAGUCGCCUUCAGUUGAACACUCCUGAUGGAAAGGAAAACACAGAGAAAACAUCAACAUUCUUGAGAAAACUGAAAUUUGAAGAGUUCUGUGACACUUCAGAUGACUGCAGCAAAGAUUCUCGAGAGCAUAGUACAAGCAGUGAAAAGAAGCUAAAUUGCUUUUCUGUGGGAAAACCAGAUUUUUGGGGCACUGGCCCAACUAGCUUCACAGAGAACUUAGAUUUUGAUGAAUCAGCACAAAAUUCAGUAGCUUGUCAGUCAGAUGAAACAGCAGCAAAGUCCAGUGAUAAAACAAGUUCAUGCUUGCCUAAAAGGUUACAUACUCUCUGCUCUUCUGAAAUGAAUCGCACAAGAACCUCUAGUGAGGCAUCUAUGGAUGCUGCCUACCUUGAUAAAAUUUCUGAGUUGGACUCAAUGAUGUCUGAAUCAGACAAUAGCAAGAGUCCAUGCUAUAAUUUUAAGUCCUCUGAUCUUGAUAAUUCUUCAAAGUCAACAGAGGGCUCUAAACUUCUGGAUGAAACCGAGAAGAAACUGGAAGGGAUGAAUGAGGAACAGAGUAUGAAGUGCUCAGAAACGAGCGAUCUAUCAGUUGACAGAACUGGAUGGAAACCUGCCAUGUUUUCCAUCCUAUCCCCAUCUGGACUAGAUAUGAAUGACCACUUUCCCCUGUUUACAGGCCAAAAUGUAGUAGCUAGUGAAAUCAAACCUCCAAACUGUUUAUUUCAAAGAGAGUUUUCCCAGAGUCUGCUAUUCAGUAACUCACAGAGGCUGUUUGAGGAACAAAAGUUCGGGUCAUGCUUUUUAAAGAUGUCAUCUGACCUGCACAAUCAACUUAAUCCUCCUUGGGUGCCUUCCUUUAUCGCUGAAAAGAAAAAUAAAAAUGUCAGUCAGUCAACCAAGAGGAAAAUUCAAAGCAGUCUUUCCAGUGCUAGUCCAUCAAAAACUACCAAAAACUGAUUCUAUGUGGAAAUCAAAUGUGGCUCAGUCAUCAGUCUGCAAAUGUUUAGUACUUACCAAGUGAAAUUCCUUUUUUUAAAUGAUUUCCAUGCAGUCUGAACCUGCUUUCUUCUGAAUAAGUGAAAACUGAACAUUCCCUUGUCCAUUACUAGCUCUUUCCUAGGGAGGAACCGUUCCAGAUUCUCUUCUGUGGCUGGACAUUUUGUUUACUUGGAAUUUUUAUGGUGUGGGGUUUUUUUCUCCUUCUAACUUUUCAGGUUUCAUGGUCUUCCAGUUGCUAGCACAGUGAAUGGCUCCCUUGAGCAGGACGGUUUUAAGUGGUCUUGUCAAAUCAGUCAUUUAUGUAAGAACUUGCUUUAAAGGUUACAUUUUCCUUUCCUAAAGAUUACAUUUUGUGCGUGCAAGGCAGCUACUGGCUAUAUAUCCUAUGGAUUCAUGAAAUUGCUAUAAAACAAUGUCAGUUUUGCCAUAAAACUUGCCUCCAAGAGGAAAUCUUGCUGCUUAGAUUGUUUCAUGGCACUGUACUGUACCAAAACUCUUGUUUUAAGUAGGUAUAAGGUAGCAGCCUCUUUCUUUUCAGGGUUACACUAGUUCAGUUAGAAAACAUCGCUUCUUUAACACUGCAAAUGUGGCUUGUAUUUUUUGAAGUUAAGCACAAUUUUUAAUUUAGUUCCUAAAAAGUGUUGUUAUUCUAAAUGUGUUCAGUAUGCCUGCGUAGACCAUAAAAAUGGGUUUGUAUGCUAAUGACUUGUUUAUCUAAUGUGCACUGAACAUUUUACAUUAAUACUGUACCAUUUUACAUUAAUACUGCAUGCUUUUCUAUGUGAAUUGAAUAAAACAUGUUAUAAGCACUGUAA